AUGUCUACAGCUUCGGCUCCCUCGACUGGCUCCCCCCCCGUUCGUCGGGCCCAAGCUGCCAAGACCGUGUCCAAGGAGGAGAAUGUCAAGGUUGGCAAGGAGGACACCUCUACUGCCAAUGAGCAAGAUGUCACACCAUCUCAGAAGAAGUCCAUCUCUGCUCUAUCGACCUCUACUCUGGUUAAUCAGAGCUGUCCUAAGAAGAUGAAGCUGAGUCACGAGUCAUCCGGAUCUGCCGAUCAAAACCCCAUGGACCACUUGCUAGAGAAGCUUUCCCAUCAACAGACUGGAUACUCUAAGCAGGGCGAUGCCGUCAAGCCAUCGGAUGAAAAGGCUAUGUACCCCCCGACCCUAGAGCAUGCUGCCUCAAGCAACUCGGUCCCUAUUACACCUGCCACUGAAACCUUCGGCAACACUGACCCGACGACUCGCCCUGCUAGCGCAGCAUUGAAUGAUGGCGGCAUCAACACGGAGGAAGUUCUUCGGCUGAAGCUCGAACUGGCCGAGGCUCAGAACAGAAUCAGCCGACUGGACCACGAGCUUUCACAGACUCGUACCACUCGACCUGGAAUGGAGCAUACCAUGAGCAGCUCUCCAGUGGAUGGUGAAUUCCCCGCCGUGCCCCAAGCUGCCGCAAACCCAUCACGAAUCCCCGGCCUUGCACCACCUCUUAGUGCUGGUGGCCAGCAGGCAACUACGCGAGAGGGCGGCAACAACUGGCCAGCCUUUGAUGAUUCUCGAUCGGACACCAGUGAUGCACUGUCUGCUACAGGAUACAAUCGUUCUCGUAGCAUUUGGGAUUCGAACAAGAGCACUCAAGGCUCUUAUGGCCAAGGUAAUUUCCCCGGACCCGAGCCAUCUCACAUUGGCCAGUGGGGCGGACGUGGCACCAACCAAGGCUACAUGGAUCAGAACACGGCCUACGAGCCUCCUGCCCCCAGUACUUAUCGCGGGGAUCGCUUGACGCCAGACUAUGACUUGACUAUUAGGCCCCCGGGCAAUCGACGAGCUCGAUAUGAGAACCGUCUUGCGAUGCAGGUAUUUGGACCACAGCCAAGCUACCCAAGUGGCUAUAAUUAUAGCAAUAGCCAGUACGAUGGAUCUGAUGCUGGCAUGUCUGGACAGUCCCAGGCCCCUGCUAGUUCCGGAAUGUACUCCAACUACCAGCCAACUCCUGUUGGCACACCACUCUCACCCCUUGCCAACGAAUUUACGUCAACUACAGGUGGUGGCGCGCCCUGGAAGUCGGAGCCUUCAACUUCAGAGGGUACGACUUAUCUACCAACCACGGAGCCUCUUAAUUACCGUCGCUUGCUCGACCGUAAUGUUAACUGCAACUGGAAGUACAUUGUUGACAAGAUUGUUUGCAACAAUGACCAGCAAGCUUCUAUCUUCCUUCAGCAGAAGCUCAAGGUUGGAACACCAGAUCAGAAAUACGAGAUCGUGGAGGCGAUUGUUGCCCAGGCCUACCCUUUGAUGGUCAAUCGAUUUGGAAACUUCUUGGUGCAGCGAUGCUUCGAACACGGAACUCCAGAGCAGGUAAUCAAGAUCGCGGAGGCUAUUCGAGGAUGCACGCUUAACCUUUCGAUGGAUCCCUUUGGAUGCCAUGUAGUUCAGAAAGCUUUCGACUCCGUUCCGGAGGACUACAAGGCUAUCAUGGUUCAUGAACUACUGCGUCGCAUUCCCGAGACUGUUAUUCAUCGAUACGCCUGUCAUGUUUGGCAGAAGCUCUUCGAGUUGAGAUGGACCGAAUCUCCGCCUCAGAUCAUGAAAUAUGUAAACGAUGCUCUUCGCGGUAUGUGGCAUGAGGUCGCUCUUGGCGAAACUGGAAGUCUAGUGGUUCAGAACAUUUUCGAGAAUUGCCUCGAAGAAGACAAGCGUCCUUGUAUCGAAGAAGUCUUGGCCAACAUUGACAUCGUUGCCCAUGGACAAUUCGGCAAUUGGUGCAUUCAACACAUCUGCGAACACGGCGCGCCGGCCGACCGAAGCCGAGCAAUUGAUCACGUAAUUCGCUACGCAGCUGAAUACAGCAUGGAUCAGUAUGCUUCUAAGGUCGUUGAAAAAUGCCUGAAGAUAGGUGGUGCCGAUUUUCUGACUCGUUACCUUGACCGAGUAUGUGAGGGUCGCAUGGACCGACCUCGAAUCCCCUUGAUUGAUAUCGCCAGUGAUCAGUACGGCAAUUACCUGAUCCAAUGGGUUUUGACCCACGCCUCUCCCCAGCAUCGUGAGGUUGUUGCUGCACAUAUUAGAAAGCAUAUGGUGUCUCUUCGUGGAUCCAAGUUUGGAUCUCGUGUUGGAAUGCUCUGCACCAACCCUGCCGUUGCCACCCGACCAGGACCUGGAGUCGGCGCUGGCAUGGGACGCAUGCCCGCUGGUUCUCGUUACAGUGGCCGUGGUUACCAAUAA